ACAGAUUCUGAUGCAAGCCAGCCUCCCAUUCCUUCUGAAUCGCCUGGAGAGCUCUCCUGUUGCAGCAGUCAUGGGGGCUGUGUAUGUGUGCUUCCACUGUGCUGUGGGACUACAGUGGCAGGGAUGGCAUCAUGUUCACUCUGGUUCUUCAGUACCCAAAUAAAGCAUUACAUUUUAGACGAUGAACUGAUGGUGUAUUAGUGGCAGGUGUGUGCUGUAAAAGGCACCAGUUAAGUACUCCCAACUGAGGCCAUCUAUUCCAGCAUAUAAGGCCUUUCACUUGUUCUGUUUCUCAUUUCCUCCGUGGGUUUGAUCUCCAGCCUGAGCCAUGAAGUCUUUCCUGGGCCUGAGGGGACUCCUUCUGUUUCUUUUCGUCCUGACAACUGGUGCUGAUUAUUGGUCAGCCCUUCGUCUGAAAUGCACCAAUCGUUGGUUCUAUCUCAGGAUUAAGGCCACGCUAUUCCACAAUAUAUUUAUGGAACCUGAUGAAGUGUUUUUAGGAUAUGGCUGCCCUGUGAGCGUCGUCUGGCCAAAUGAUAUCUAUGACUUUACCUACCGUACUUAUUCCUGCGGCAUUGUCAAUAAAGUUCUUUAUGAUGUCACUCUGCUUCAGACAUAUCUUACGUAUAUCCCAAAAAACUCUACUAACCAAACUGAGAUGCAUCUGUCCUGUGUUCUACACAGUCGGUAUCCUCUUUCCUGUGAAGCUGAGAGUAGAGGAGACUUCACUGACAACCCUCCUGAAUGGGAAGUAGACAUGACAACCCGCAGGAAUGAUCAGGCUGCUCCUGCAGUACCGCUGAACUUUUCAAGAUCAGGUCAAUAAACCACCAACCAGGUGUCGCAGGAGCCUCAGACCUCGGGAACCAGCAGGCUGCAGUCUGCUGAAGCAUCUAGCUGUAUGGAUUAGAGUUUUCCCCUCUCCAUUUCUCCAGAAUGCAGGAUGUCUUCUCUCAUCCAUUUUUAAAAAGUGACUGAUUUGCAGUUUUAAAUAAAAUGGCAUGCUACCUUCA